CCCUCUUUGUCGUCUCUUGGAAAUUCUUGUUGUCUAGCUAUAGAUUCAUAAUUCUUCAAGAUCCAAUAAAGCUAGAAAACCCCAAAUCUCUUUUCAUCUGAUUUCCUUUCGAAAGGCUUCUGAGGUAUAUUGAAUAUUUUGUGCAUAUUGUUACAGUUUUGAAUGUAUCGGCCAUAAAUCCUAAAAUAUUCGGGCGUGAAAGGUUCAGAUUGAGGUAUGGCUUUAGCACUAACCCAUCUUUCAUGGUGGUUGUGGAGUGGGAAGCAACAGGAACCUAACAUCUCAGACGGAUCUCCAUUGAAUUCCUCGCCUGAUUCGGGUUUGUGGGAAAUGGACAAAGUGAAAUUCCCGGUGGUUCAUAGGAAAGCUAUUGGUUCCUCAUCUGGACGGGUUAAGAAAAAAUGGCAGAGUCGAGAGGAGCGAAGAAUUGACAAGGAAUAUGAUGUAGUUCUUGUGCCGUCAGAUGGAGGAUGUCUUUCAGCGUCUGAUUCUGAUGGUUCAGAUUGGUCAGUUGGAUGGUUGGAGCCCCAUGGCCCUGGCUUCAAAACUGAUGAUACUGUUGAUGAUAGUUUUGCAGUGUUGGUUCGUUGCUAUGGUCACGAUCAAAAGGAUCUGGUAGAUAACUCCAAGGAUGUGUUUAUAGACACAAUUGGGAAAAUUUCAGAUAUAAAUGCUUCUGAAAACAAGAAGCAUAUGGAGCAGUGGGUCUCCUCUCUUCAGAACAACUAACGUUUCGAUGAAAACCUCAUGGGAUUUGGUCUUCUGGUCCUGCUACAUUCUAAUUCGGAUUCAUCGUGUUGUUUAUAGUUAUUAUGUAUCUCUUAAACUUAAAAAAAAAAUGGUUAAAAAAGGAAAAGAAAAAAGAAGAAUAUCAAAAAGAUCAAAUAAUGUAUAGCAAUAUUAUGAUAUUGUAUAGCCGGGAAUUUGCUAAUAGGAAAUAACUCUCCUAACAUGGCUGGGAUGGACUUAUCUCAGUUAGUUUUCAGAAUGAUAGGAGCUGAUGUGUUGUAUAUUGCUUGGGAUAGUGGGCAAAAUUUGAAAGUGCAAGGGGGGAAAAAAAAUAGAAGAAGACAGUAAUGAACUGAUGGUGCUUGGUGUAAAUAUGUCUGUACAUAUGCAAAAUGUGCUUCUUGUCUUUGUAAAUAUAUUAUUUCAUUGUUAAGGAAUACUUUGUCAUUGUAAGGAAUUAGAUGCUAUAUAUUUGAACUUUGUCGUCUGUA